UCGAGUGCAAGUGGUGUCGCCUGGGAAAGCGGGCGGAGGAGCUACCGUGAGACAGUCGGAACGGGGUUGGUGGCGCUAGGCCUAGUGAGUUCGUGCGGCUGGGCGUGAGUUGAGAAAGAAGAAAGGAACCUUCACGGAGACUUCAUUAUCAUUGCCAGUUACUGAAGGAUGAAGCAUCUGGCCACCAGAGCUUAUAUAAAAUUGGUCAUAUGACCACAACCUCUGAGGUCCCAGCAAGAGUCCUAACAUCUAGCAGCUCUACCAUGAGGACCCACCCCCUAAAACUAAUCCCAGCAAGCACAUCUAAAGUCUUCUCAUUCACAGGUUAAGGCUACCUUUCCAGAUAGUCCAACAGCCAAGUCACCAGUUUCCAAGGGCAUUUACAUCACCUAUGGAAAACAUCGGAUCCUUGCACACCAGACGUUCUUGACAGCUCGUCCCAUCAUUCCCCCUGCAUAAAAGUUGCUUCACCAGCAGGCAGCCAAGGCAGCUACUGAGCUUAUUUUCAUUGCCAAGUAAAUACAAUAUCACUGCCAACAAAACAGAGUGCACAAAGUGUCUCUUCACAGUAUCACUACCAGUUGAGACUGUCUUAAGAAAAUCAGCUUGUCUAGAUGAGGACCCCUUCUCUUCUUGGGUAGCCAUGAUUUGAAGGAGAUACUCUGUGACCUGUGCCACUGGUAAGUGACUAACACUUUUACACACGGAACUGGUCCCUGAGAACUGAGAUGUCUUCUUUGUAAGUGAAGAAUAUACCACAUAAUCUUGAAGAACUGCACGGUGUUGUGGGCCAAAGGCAUACUUUGUGUGUGUCAUGAACUGAGAGACCAAUCUUGACAAAAGGAUUUUUCAUCUCAUUUCUAUUUGCCAGUGUUAGUCAGUGUUCUGCUGGCUUAGAUUGUUACCUUUUUCUGGUUCCUUAUUCUGUUUUAUUCUAAUGGGUCCCAGAAAUCCCUCUCCUGACCCCUUAUCAGAAUCAGAAAGUGAGGAAGAAGAAAACAUUAGCUACUUAAAUGAGAGUUCUGGAGAAGAGUGGGAUUCCUCUGAAGAAGAGGACCCCGUGGUAUCCAACUUAACGCCUCUUGAGAGUCUCGCCUGGCAGGUUAAGUGCCUUUUAAAAUAUUCUACAACUUGGAAACCUUUAAAUCCUAAUUCCUGGUUAUAUCAUGCUAAACUCUUGGAUCCAAGCACACCAGUUCAUAUACUUCGAGAGAUAGGCCUGAGACUCUCCCAUUGCUCUUAUUGUGUCCCCAAACUGGAACCAAUUCCUGAAUGGCCCCCUCUGGCCUCUUGUGGAGUCCCACCUUUUCAAAAGCCCCUUACAAGUCCCAGCCGGCUCUCUAGAGAUCAUGCCACCCUAAACGGAGCGCUGCAAUUUGCCACCAAACAGUUAAGCCGAACAUUGAGUAGAGCCACCCCCAUACCUGAGUACUUAAAACAGAUCCCUAAUUCAUGUGUUUCUCGUUGUUGCUGUGGCUGGCUAACUAAAACAGUUAAGGAAACAACCCGCACUGAACCCAUCAACACUACUUACUCUUACACUGACUUCCAAAAGGCAGUUAACAAACUCUUAACUGCAUCACUAUAAAGAUCCACCAUUUGCUCUUAUAUCUCAGAUGUUGCUAAUUGAGAAAAGGGUACAAAGUUAACCAUUACACAGACCACAAUGGAGAAACUAAUGCCUUCUCAUACAAACUGUUGUGCCCUGGCAAGCCGAAGUACUACUAAGUACUGAACAUACACCCAAGGGUCCUAUAACUCAACUAUAAAAAAUGCAUUGUGAGCAUACCCUUUGACAAACCCUGUGGAUAAAUGAGAACUUCAAUUGAGAAUUAGUCCAAAGAGACCAUAUUAGCAAAAGAUAAAUUGAAUAUUCUCCACACUCAGUUCUCCCCCCAUCACCCUCCGCAUGCCAGUUUACUCUGCCUAUCUGAAUGGACUUUAACUAGGUAUCUAAUGAUUAUUGGGGAGAAAAAAGUAGACCACUACCCCUUUUGUUACCCAACCUUUAGAAUAGCCAUGUGGAAAACAAGAAGUUGGCUACCCCCAAUAAUACGUUUCUGAGCGUACUCUUCUCUGACAUUUAUUUCUAAGGGGACGAAUUAUAUUGAAUAACUGCACAAAGGAAAAUGGCAGGAAUGUGGAUAUCUUUCUCAGCUUUUAUAUAGAUAUGCCCACAUAUGACAUAUGACAUAUGCCCACAUAUGACAACCUUCAGGGGGUUCCUAUUUUUUGUAGGGCAGUGCAGUUUGAAACCUAGCCUACACUACUGCAAACCUAUUAUGGUACCUGUAAUUACAGGAUGAACAUUGUAUAUUAUGGGCUUCCAUUAGGUUGUCUCUGGCUAAAUUGGCUUAUAAGAUCAUCCCUUGGGAUUAGACAGACACCUGUAAUGUUAGCACUCAGACUAUUGUCAAGAACAAAUAAAAUACAUUCCAAAAGAUGAAUGGGAAAGGAUUGAGAGAGCAUUUAUGCUUCCAAUAUUAACUGCUAAUGGAUUUCAUCUGUAUAACUGCCUGGAGCAGAAGUUUAUGCACUUUCCACAUUCAUUGCAGACUUUUCAGGAACCUUCUGAUUUUAAAGAACCUUCUUAUAGAAGAUCUCUGCCUAAUACAAUCUGAAAUUAAGAGUUUUAGUAGCAUUGUUUUUCUAAGUAGAGUGGCUUUAGAUUUUCUUCUGGCUAAACAAGGAAGGGUAUGUGCCCUUUUAAAUGAGCCUGGCCAUGUUUAUUUAAAUGAGUCAAAACUGGAAUCAACAUACAUAAAAUAAAAUGCAUGAGACCAUUAAAUCUUUUCAUAUACCCUUAAAUAAAGUGAAAUCUGUGUGUGGUCCUGGUUGACUGGGCAUCUAAAGGGAAUCAGAAAACAGAUUGUUAGAAGUGUAUCAUAUAGCCUCUUCCUUAUUUUGGUUAUGCUUUUUCCUAUUCUCUAAGUGCUGUAUACAAAGUGGCAUCAAAUAAUUAAAGCAGUGAUGGAAUCACAAAUUCUGUAAAUAUAUAGCAACUU